UCUCGCGCGGGGGGCUGCAAUGGCAGGCAAUGGCGACCGUUUCAAGUGUCGUUAAAAAUUGUAAUCACUUUGACGCAGAUGAUUGUUAAGAGAGUUUUUGUUUAUUGAUAAAGUGAGAAAAAACGCUGUGUCUAUUCAACUUCACUUUACGUGGACAUACUUCAUUUGAAAAAGUAGCGUUUUUCUUUAAAAUUCCUAACCUUAUAUCCACGUAAUUACGUGGAUUUGGUGCGAAUAGACACAGCGGAGAAAAAAAUCAUUACAGCCCAGCGAUGUAUAUAAAAUCGAUGGUGCUGGAGGGCUUCAAGUCCUACGGCAAGAGGAUCGAGAUCAAUGGCUUUGAUCGGGAAUUUAACGCCAUCACUGGCUUGAACGGCAGCGGCAAAUCCAACAUCCUCGACGCAAUUUGCUUCGUUUUGGGCAUCUCUAAUUUGGGCCAGGUAAGAGCGAAUUCCCUACAAGAACUUGUGUACAAAUCUGGUCAAGCAGGAAUCAAAAAGGCCAGUGUUACAAUAGUUUUUGACAACCGAAAUCGUGAUGCAUCUCCAAUGGGAUAUGAAGAUUACGAGGAGAUCACAGUUACCAGACAAGUUGUCAUCGAUGGUAAAAACAAGUACAUGAUCAAUGGAUCUAAUGUACAAAACAAAAGGGUGCAAGACAUGUUUUGUUCCGUACAGCUCAAUGUCAACAAUCCACACUUUUUAAUUAUGCAAGGUAGGAUUACAAAAGUAUUGAACAUGAAACCACCAGAGAUUUUGUCCAUGGUCGAAGAAGCUGCUGGUACCAAAAUGUAUGAAACCAAAAAGGCUGCAUCCUUGAAACUUAUUGAGAAAAAAGAAGGCAAACUAAAGGAAAUAGAUGACAUAUUGAAACAAGAAUUGGGACCUAAAAUAGAAAAACUAAAACAAGAGCGAGCUCAAUUUAUGGAGUAUCAACGUGUUUCUAGAGAGCUUGAACAGUGUAAAAAGAUUUACGUUGCUUGGAAAUAUUUAAAUGCGUUGCGCAGCAGUGAUAAAGCCAACGAAGAUGUUCAAGUGAUAAAACGAAAAAUUGAGGGGAUACAAAAUGAUGUGAAAGAUGGUGAGCAAGAAAUUAAAAAUAUUGAAGCAAAAGUUGUUGAGAUUACGGCAAAAAGAAGCGCAGAACAAGAUGAAAAAAUGACUGAACUGGAACAGAAACUCAAAGAAGCAGAAAAGAAAGAACACAAGUUUACUGCUGAAGUAAACAGCAACAAAGAAAACAUCAAAGCAGCUGAAACCAGCAUCAAACAGCUGCAAAAUAAUAUCUGCGAUGACGAAAAAUUGUUAGAAACUAAAUUAAAAGAAAUAGACAAAGUCGGAGGGUUGUUUGAAAAGUUAAAAGAACAAGAUCGUGUGGAUGCAGAGGCUGUUGUUGCUGCUCAAGAAAACUAUCAAAAAAUCAGUUCAGGCUUAUUGCUGUGCGACGAUGGUAGUAACGCCACUUUGGAGCAGCAGCUUAUAACGGCCAAACAAAAUCACAGUCAAGCUCAGACUGAAAUAAAACAGUGUGAAAUGACAUUGACACACAACAGGCAACAAUUAAGUAAGAAAAAAAUCGACAUGCAGAGCACUGAAAAUGAAUACAGGAACGAUAAUAAAAAGGUUGAGAGUACGCAAAAAGAUUUGAAAAAUAUUGAAAAUGAACUGAGUAAAUUGAACUACGAGGAAGGAUCUUUGGAAUCGUUGGAACAGCAAAAAGGGGCGUUAAUAAGGGAAAUAAGAAGAUUAAGCGAUAAAGUAGACAAUUUUGAGUCCAAUUAUCCACAGUUGAGAUUUUACUACAAAGAUCCAGAACCAAAUUUUAGGAGGGAUUCGGUCAAAGGUCUUAUAUGCAAAUCAAUCACCGUCAAAGAUAGAACAGCAGCUUAUGCUUUGGAAAUGGCAGCUGGUGGUCGACUUUAUAACGUCAUGGUUGACACUGAAACGACAGGCAAAAAGAUAUUGAAAAAUGGCCAACUGCAAUCACGUGUAACGAUUGUACCACUGAACAAAGUAUCUGGUCGUGUUAUGGAUCAGCGAACCAUUGAUUUUGCACAAAAACUUGUAGGCGCCCAAAAUGUCCAACUUGCCUUAUCUCUUAUCGAUUUUCCACGAGAAACAAGGCCAGCCAUGGAGUGGAUUUUCGGCAACGUAUUUAUCUGCAAAGACAUGAAUGUUGCCAAACAGGUUGCCUACCACAACAACAUCAUGAAAAAAUGCAUCACGCUGCAAGGCGACGUAUUUGACCCAUCUGGAGUACUGUCUGGUGGUUCAGCAGCAAAAGGUGGAUCCAUUUUACUGAAAUUGGACGAACUAAAGGAAGCUCAGUUUGAAAUUAACGAAAAAGAGCAGAGUCUCAACCAAAUCAAUCAGCAAAUCGCUAAUAUAAACAAAACUGCAGAAAGGUUUAAUACACUAAAGCAGCAGUAUAAUAUUAAGAAACACGAGCUCGAUACAGUUACACAGAGAUUGCAAAAAACUACGCAUCAUCAAUUGAAGCAAGAGGUUGAAAUGUUGGAGGCUUCAAUCAAAGAACUAAGCGAGAAAAUGAUGGCUUCCAAAGAGUUGGAAAAAACAAGUCAAAAACGAGCCCGAGAACUGGAAACUCAGUUAAAGGAUGCCGAUAAAAUUCGCGAAAAACAGUUGAAAGACGCAGAGAACAAGUUGAACUCUUUGAAAAAGAAAUCUGACGCAAGUAGAAAGGAGUGGCAGAAACGUGAGCAAGAAUCGGAAACUCUGAAUUUGGAAACGUUAGAACUGAAAAAAACUAUUGAAAACGGAAAGGAGCAGUUAUCUAAAGCGGAAGAAAGGCUUAAUAUGCUCAAGGAAAAAGGAAAUGCACUGGAAAACGAUCUUGAUCAGGCAAACAACGUUGUAAAGGAGUUACAAGCAAAUGUCAAAGCUAAAAAGGACGCCAUACACCAGCACAACAUCGAAAUCCAAAAAUUACAUAACAAAAAGGAAAACAUUUUGAAGCAGGCGCAAGAGGCUGAGUUGGAAAUCAAGAAACUAAAUCAUGAAGUUGCUGCCAUCAAAAAUACCGCAACCGAGUGUAAAAAUAAAAUUUCUGACUAUUUACGUAAAUACGAGUGGAUCGAACAAGAUCAAAAGCAUUUUGGUGUGAGAGGAAGCGUGUAUGAUUUUGAAGCUAAAAAUCCGGAAGAGAUGGGACAAAAAGCUCGUGAGUUGGAAGGGCUCCUCGCUAAACUGAGUAGAACGGUAAAUACCAGAGCAAUGCAUCAUCUAAACCAGGAAGAAGAACAGCACUCAGAUCUUUGUAAAAAGAAAAAAAUAUUGGAGACUGAUAGAAAAAAAAUUUUGGACUCCAUCAAAAAGCUGGAUGAAAAAAAGAAAAUGACGUUGCUCGAAGCUUGGGAAAAAGUUAACAAGGACUUUGGCUCUAUAUUCAGUAACCUACUUCCAGGAGCUGAUGCAAAGUUAGAACCACCUGAUAACCAAACAGUCCUCGAGGGCUUGGAGGUAAAAAUUUCCCUUUGCGGUGUUUGGAAAGACUCGCUCGGGGAAUUGUCUGGAGGUCAAAGGUCAUUGGUCGCUUUAUCGUUAAUAUUGGCUAUGCUGCUGUUCAAACCUGCCCCUCUAUACAUUUUGGACGAAGUCGACGCAGCGCUCGAUCUUUCGCACACCGAGAACAUUGGUAUUAUGUUAAAAAGACAUUUCAGAAGAUCGCAGUUUAUCGUCGUGUCGUUGAAAAACGGUAUGUUCAACAAUGCGAACGUAUUAUUUAAGACGCGCUUCUCCGAUGGUAUGUCGACGAUUACUCGAACUGAAAAACCAAAAUCCAAGUAAAAUUAAAAAAAAAAUGGUAUUUUUCAUGAGUAUUUGAUUGGUAAUUCAGGCUGUACAUAGUAUGUAAUAUAAAUAUUUUUUUAAUAUGUAGAGUUAAAAUUUUAACGUUAACAUUCACAUAUAAAUAGCAUACAUUCUUUUGUUUCACACUUGAAGAUUCUUUUUUUCUUUUUAAA